UUGCUGCUAUUUCAUAACUGUAAUUUUGCUACUGUUAUGAAUCAUAAUGUACCUGAUACGCAGGAUAUUUGAUGUGAACCCCGAAAGGGUCACGAUCCACAGGUUGGGCACUGCUGAUUUAUAGCAUCAGAAAAAGAGAUCACUGAAACCUCUUUUCUUAUAUUCUAUAUUGCUUUACUUGGGAUGGUGCUAAAUGUUUUACCUUUUUAUUUUAUUUUUUUACAAACUUACAGUUUUUAAUGUAAUAAAAAUGUAUAGACCUUACAUUUCCUCUUCAAAAUCUUACUUCUAUCUUUACUCUAAGUAAACAGGAAAAUUCAGAGCAAAUAUCCUGGCUAAAUCGGACUUAAUUCCAUGUUUUCUUUGUUUGUUUUACUGAUUUUUGUGAAUCCAUGCCCUUCAAAAUCUGUUAUUAAAACAAAAAUUCUAGUAUCUGUAGGCUGAUGAGAUGAUUGACAAAGCAAAUGUGGUCAGACCUAAUAUAUACAUAUUAAUAUAUAUAUCUUUCAGCUUCAUACAUUCAUUUUACUUUCAUCAGAAUAUAAAUUGCACAAAGUGAUGGGUUUCAUUAUAACAUUUCCAUAAUGCUUACAUGUAUGCUGCCCUGCUCACCUGUUCUAUUUUGUAUUCUUAUUCCUUCACCUCUCAUAUCCUGUCCUACUUCCCUGCCCACCUGUUCUAGCUUAUGGUGAUAAACACCAUGAUCAAAACAAUCUGGGGAGGAAAGGGUUUGUUUUGUCUUAUAGUUUACAGUCUAUCACUGAGGGAAGUCGGGGUAGGAACUUGAAGUAGGAACCUGGAGGCAAGAACUGGAGCAGAGGCCAUGAAGAAUGCUGCUUACCAGUUUGCUUCCAAUGCUGGACUAGCCUGCUUUUGUAUAGGGCAUAGGACCACCUUCUCUGGAGGGGACGCCGCCCGGAGUGGGCUGCUGCUCCUUCAUUGACCAUUAAUGAAGAACGUACUUACAGGCCAGUCGCAUGGAGGCACUUCCUCAAUUGAGGGUCCUUUUAUCCCAGAUGACCCUAGCUGGUACCAAGUUGACAAAAAAUCCACUAUCCCCAAUUCUACAUGUGAUAGAAAAUACAUGAUGCUUGUUGCAUUGCUUCUUUUCUAGUCGCUGUGAUCAAAGAGCAGGCGAGAAGCAACCUGACUGAGGGAUUACAGUGUGAGAGGACACAGCCCAUCACAGUGAGGAAAGGCAUGGCAUCUGUAGGACCCUGGUUCCCAGAAUGACGCUGCCCACAUUCAGGUUCGUUUUCCAGCCUCAGUCAAACCUUCUGGAAAUACCCUCGCCCACAGCCAGAGGUGUUUUUCUGCAGUGAGUUCUCAGUCCGUUCAAGCUGACAGUGAUUAACGAUCAUCACACUUGACUUUCUGAGACUGGCUUAUCUUGCACAACGAUCUCCAGUUCCAUCCAUUUUCCUCAGGAUCUCACCUUGCAUCAUCAGCUGACCUGGAACUUCCCAUCCUCUCGCCUUGGGCUUGCCAGUAGGUGGACCAUAGACGCGCACCACUAAGAUCACGUGGCAUGAAAGGAUGACGGACCCAAGCUGCCCCCGGAGGCACACGCUGUGUUUUCUAUCAACCUUACUUUCCCAGAAGGUUCCGGAGAAGUCUGACGUCGUGCUUCGAUGCAUGAUAGCUGGUCAGCCCAAGCCAGAGGUGACUUGGUACAAGAAUGGUGAAGCCAUAGAGGAGGGAGGCAGUGUUUCCAGCUAUGAGUUCUUUGAGAACCAGUAUAUUCAUUUGCUCCAUCUCUCAUGCUGCACCCAGAGCGAUGCUGCUGUUUAUCAAGUCUCUGCAAGAAGCCGCGAGGGGAUGAUCUGCUGUUCCGCAUCCGUUGAGGUCCAGUGUCUGCAGGACACGCAAGUGUCUCCUGACCCAGGAGGUGCCAGGGAUGUGGCGGGCAAACAUGAAACAGAGAGACAUGAAGGAGAUGACAUAAAGCACACAGACGAGAAACGGAGCCCUUGUAAGGGAGAAGAAAGUGUGGGGGGUUGCAUAUCAGCUGAUUCCUCCCCCCACAAAUCCAGCCACUCAUGGUUGCCCCAGAGAGAGGCCAUGUAUGACUCUGGUGCUUCCAAUUCUGAGAAUCCUCUAGAUGUUAAAGAGACAAGACAAAGGAUAGAGCCGUACAAUUCAAACAACACACAAGACAAUUCCUUUCAUUCAGAUAACACUACUAAAAAACAGGAUGUAUGUCAGCACAGGACAGGGCAUGCAACUGAGCCGGGGUUAACUGGUGGUGACCUAGGUAGCAAAGGGGCUAAUGAGGAGGGUGUCACCCCUCGUCAUCAAAACCCCAAAGCACAGAAAUACAUCAGUUUUAGUCUCCCGCUGCCGGAGGCCACCCUGUGUCCUUACCCAGGUGACAGCAACUCCAUCACCGUGCAGCCUGGCCCACAGGUUUCCAGUGAAGACUCUGACAGUGACUAUGAACUUUGCCCAGAGAUAACCCUAACCUACACGGAGGAGUUUUCGGAUGAUGACCUGGAGUAUCUGGAAUGUUCCGAUGUUAUGACGGAUUACUCUAAUGCCGUUUGGCAAAGUAGCCUGCUGGGGACUGACCGAGUUUUUUUAUUAGAAAGCGAUGACGAAGAGAUGGCAUUCAAUGAGUGUGGUCCGGGUGGGCGUGAGCAUUUCCUCAGUGAAAUGGGUUGUGGGCCUCGGGUGUCGGGUGACAUGGGGCCUACGAAUGCCACCACUGGCUUGUGUCCUUAUCACUCACAACCCCAGGAAGUGGGGGUCAGGAGCAGCGGAGCCUCCAGGCAGAGUCCCUUACCCCUGCAUGCAGGAAUGACUCUUACUCUGGGACCUCACCAGGAUGGAACGGCUAAGAUGACCGAACCGGGGAGGGCUCCACUCCCUACUGCUUCCGAGGCUGUUGGACAUGAUUGUCCAGGAAUUCGGGGAGAAACCAGAGACAACCCUGGAGUGGGAGAGGAAUUCUCCAGUGACAGUCUGCAGACCAUGGAUAAGGCAGAGACGGAGGCAGGGGUGAGGCCCUCGUCUGGGGGGUUAGAAAAGUCAGAAGUGAAGCAGGGUUUGAAAAGCCUGGCUGGGGAAAGAGCAGAUGAAAAGCAUCCGGGCAGCAGAAAGGCUGCCCCGAGACCCACCAGGGCGAGGUGGCCCGGAAUGAAGGCAAAUGCCAAGAAGCAGCUGCUGAAAGACAAUUCUCCAAAAGACACGCUUGAUCUGCUCCCCAAGGGACCGACUAGACACCCCAUAACUGGGAACUAUGGACAAGAGCUUACACACACCGAGGCAGGAGCUGCUGGCUGGAAUUCCCACUUCCAUGCAGAACUGUGUAUUCCGCUUCCUACAGAGCAAGACACCAAAACCCCUCAGCCACCGGCAGACCCACUUCCGAAGGAAGGGGACACAAGCUUGGGGAGAGGAGGGGAGCUGUUUAAUCAAAUAUUUGAAGCAAGCCGGAUAGCAGACCAGACUGACCAUCUUCAGCUGCCAAUCCAGGAACCCACCGGGGAGAGAAGUGAUCUCGAGCAGAUGCCAGCUUUCUCCCUGCCUGCUGGGGAGGAGUCUUCAUUCGCCGGGACCACAACAAAUGUUGUCUCCAGCUUGAGUGAGAUCAACCAGGAGAAUGUAUCAUUGGCCCAAUACCUGGACCUGGAAGUCGUUCCUCAGGGGUCCCAACAGGAAGCCAGACAAAGCAGAGAAGGCCACAGGCCUGGUGCUCUCUGGGCAGAACCAGCACAUGAACGGAGUACCCUAGAAGGCAAUGAUGAGGAACCGCCCCGGGUUCCCUCCCCAUGGCAUCUUCUCCCUCCAGGUGACAAUGCCCACUGCCAGGAGCCAGAGGCUCGUUUCUCUCAGCCCUCUGCUCCCUCCCUCACCUUGGAAAACGUGGGCAGUGGGGCAAGGGGCAGAGAGGCUGCAUGUGUGACGGGCUGUUUUGAAGCCGGUGACCAAGAAACAUGUUAUGAUACCAUGGAUCUUCCCGUUGGAGCACCAGCUGAUAAAUAUUUGCCUGAAGACAUUUGCCCUGUGGACUUGGAACCGACAGAAGGGCAAAGCAAAGAAUGUGAUUUAUGCUCUACUGACAAGACACUGGCUGUUCUUCAGGCACAAGGUUCUGAGUCUCCCCGGUCUACGUAUGAGAGCAGCAGGGAUGGAAAACCAGCCGAGUCCCCGCUUUCUAACGGAGCCUUCACCUGGGGCACAUCACAGGAGGCCAGCGGAGGUGCUGUGGGGGAAACGCCAUCUGACCUGGGGACUUCUCCCUCCAUCUUCUCUUCCACAGAACCCUACGACUUCGGGGGGCUUGGUGAGACACAGCCCCUUGGUGAGAACAGCUCCUUUGCGGACGUUAGCGAAGGAGGCUGUAAAAGCUCCGAUCUCGGUGUUCCAGGUGCCAUAGACACACUUCCCGAUUACAGUUCAGUCGGGGGAUGCCCAAGAGAGCCAUCAGCAGCAUCGGCUGCUAGUGUUGAAUGCCAUCAGGUGACCAGGGAGACCGAGGAGAACACAUUAGCUGAUGCCACCAGCGUCCACACCAUCAGUUGUCACACCGUUUCAGCUCUUGAGGACAGCAACCUUGAUGAUGACGCUGACCAGGCCUCAUGUGAGGCACGAGAGGCAAAUAAUUUUGAAUCUCUUUCCAACAUACAGCCAGGCCGUUCUUUAAGCAGCUCUACUAGUGAGAUGGCCAGGGAGAUGUUUAUCGUAACACCCAGGAUUCCAGGCGCUCGUAGCCACUUCUCACUGCCUGAGAGGCAGGAUCUGUGGAGCGCUCCCUUUCAAACUGAUAUCCAGCCUGGGUAUAAGAGCCAGCUAGUGGAGGGAGGCCAUGACGGAAGCCUUGAAGAGGACUUCCAGGAAAAGGGAAGUGAAAGAAAACAGUGCACAUCCCACCAGCGUUCUCUUUCUGCAAAUGAUUUCCAAGAAAAUCUGCCCCCCAUAUCUGGCACGCAACAGGAGGUCAAAGCGGAACCCUUCGAGCACCCCCUAGCAGAUUCCGGGGAAGAAAUUGGGCAGAGCACUGACCCGAGGACCAGUGUCUCAGUAGCAGCUGAGAAGACUAUGGAAGAUGAUAAGCAACUUCCAUCACAUGAACUAAGCAAUGCUCCGUCUCUCCCUGACAUCCUCCUUGAAGAAAAAGAAGACGUAGGACUAGGAAGUUGGGCUACAGUCAGCAAAGUGAAGAUCAUAACGCUGGAAGCUCCUGAUUUUGAAACCUGGCAAGCAGAACAAGCCAUGCAUUAUGGGUCCAAGGAGGCAGAAGUUGGUCUCACUGCCCCUAAUAGGGGCUGGGUUCUGUCUGACAUCCUAAGAUCAGGUGCUAACAGGGAUGCCUGGGCAGGCGAGGCACCAGUCAGAUGCGUGUAUUACAGCAGUCUAUCUUCCCAGUAUCUGGACCAACCCAGACUCCUGGAGUCAUCCGUAGACCCUGUUGAGGAAGCGGGGUUGGAAGUCACAGUCUCUCCACUAGAGGCUUCCAAAAGUGGGGAGACGGAAAGUGUUGAAACCAGGAAUGAAGACCAGGAAGGAAAUGAGAGGAAACUAUGCGGCCCUGCCUUCUUUCGACAGUUUGUGAACGUUCCUAGCAUCCUGGAGUCCUCUGUGGAUCCCAUUGGUGGUAGACGUGGGAUGGAGUGUGUCUGGUCUGAGAAGCCAGAGCCCUCUGACUCCAACGCGGAAGGGAAUGAAUCCACCGACAGAUACACAUGUCAGAGGGCAGACAUCCAACCCGCCACCCUGCACGUUCCCCAUCCCCAGAACAGUGGGGAAAUCAUUCCAAAUGAAAGCACAGUCAACCAAAAUCACGUAGACAGAGAGUGGGCAGACACCAAACAAAGUCAGGCUGACAAGGCAAAAGCAGAGGCCCAGGCUGCCCUUUGUCAAGCCCAAUGUCCUGGUGAAGAAAGACAAAGAAUUCCAAGCGUAUGCAACAUGAGCCAAGAUGACAGUGACCGAGGCCUAGGAGAGGCUGGGCAGGUGACAAAGGACAAGGCCGAAUUAUUUUCCUCCAUGACCUGUCUGUCUAGUUGUCUCAGAGGAGCGACUCCUGCAUCUGUUGAGGCGGAGACCAAUGACAUCACAAGCCACAUUCACGGUGAGUCUGUGCCCAGAAACCACCAAGAUGUACUUCCUACAUGGAAGGAAAAAGGAGCCAUGGAGAGCGAGUGUGGGAAACCUGUGCCCUCCUCAAGUGAUCUCACACACACACCAUGUACUUCAUCUCUCAAAGGAAACGUCACACGCUUGUCAAUAAGGCAUGGCGUUGAGGAACUGAAAUCGGAGGAGAUUCAGAUUGUGGAAACCAAACCUCUAACCUCAUCCCACUCCCCAGCAAAGACCUUGGCUUUCAUUUCAGGAGACCGUGAGUCAGAGAAAGCCCCUGAAGGCUUAUUACUUAAGGACCUGUGUCAAAAGGGCUCCGCCCAGGCUAGCAAGAAAAAGUCCAGAGAGGAACAGCAGAAGCAUGUGGUGGCCCAGACCAGCAAGACACCUGGGGCCCCAUCAGCAACGGCUGGGCCGGAGGAGGACAAGAAAAAGCAAGAGGCCUCAGGGAGUGGACAUUUGGCUGCAGGGGUAAAGAAGAAAAUUCUCUCCAGGGUGGCAGCCCUGAGACUCAGACUGGAGGAGAGGGAAAAUAUGAGAAAGAACUCCAUUCUGAAGAAAACGCCCAAGUUUGAAAAGUCCCUGUCCCACACUGACGAGAAAAAAGACUCCCAAAAGGCCCCUUGCGGAGUGGAAGGCAAAGCCCCAGUGCUGCUGAAGAAGAUCCAGGCUGAGAUGGCUCCCGACCGCUCUGGGAAUGUGAAGCUGAGCUGCCAGUUUGCAGAGAUCCACGAGGAUUCGACCAUCUGCUGGACGAAAGAUUCACAGUCAAUAGCCCAGGUCAAGAGAAGCGCAGGGGACAACUCCAGUGUUUCCUUGGCCAUCGUCCAAGCUGGUCAGAAGGACCAGGGCCUCUAUUACUGCUGCCUCAAGAACAGUUAUGGAAAAGUCACUGCUGAGUUUAACCUCACAGCGGAAGUUCUCAAACAGCUUUCCAGUCGCACAGAAUAUAGAGGAUGCGAAGAGAUAGAAUUCAGCCAGCUCAUCUUCAAAGAGGACGUCUUCAAUGACAGCUACUUCGGGGACCAUCUGCGUGGCCAGAUCUCCACGGAGGAGCUUCACUUCGGGGAAGGGGUGCACCGCAAAGCUUUCCGUAGCACGGUGAUGCAGGGCCUCAUGCCGGUCUUCCAGCCCGGCCACGCAUGCGUGCUCAAGGUGCACAACGCUGUUGCCCAUGGGACCAGAAACAACGAUGAACUUGUGCAGAGGAACUACAAACUCGCUGCCCAGGAAUGUUACGUUCAGAAUACUGCCAGAUACUACGCCAAGAUCUAUGCCGCUGAAGCUCAGCCUUUGGAAGGCUUUGGAGAGGUGCCAGAGAUCAUCCCUAUUUUCCUCAUCCAUCGGCCCGAGAACAACAUCCCUUACGCCACAGUGGAAGAGGAGCUGAUUGGAGAAUUCGUGAAGUAUUCCAUCCGCGACGGGAAGGAAAUCAACUUCCUCCGAAGGGAGUCAGAGGCUGGUCAGAAGUGCUGCACCUUCCAGCACUGGGUGUACCAGAAAACCAGCGGCUGCCUCCUGGUCACAGACAUGCAGGGUGUGGGGAUGAAGUUAACUGACGUUGGCAUAGCAACACUAGCUAAAGGGUACAAGGGAUUCAAGGGCAACUGCUCUAUGACCUUCAUCGAUCAGUUCAAAGCACUGCACCAGUGUAACAAGUACUGUAAGAUGCUGGGGCUGAAAUCCCUCCAAAACAAUAGCCAGAAGCCAAAGAAAACAAGCAUCGGGAGAGGCAGAGCGCAGACAAACCCGGCAUCCGUGAAGACGCCGGAGCCGGGGACGCCCACAGAAAAGAAAGCCUAGCUAGCGUCUCUCAUCCCUUAGGAACCAGUGACCACCUGCCAGCAGCACACAGGCUUGCAUGUGGACACCUGCAGACGCACGGGACACGAACCUGCAGCCUGCAGAGCAUGUCCCGGUCCUCCCCAGCCCACUACCACUUGCCCGUCUGCCAAACUGACUUUGGAAUGGAUCUCUGUGUUGGGAGACCCGUCAGUUCUGUUGUCAGCCUUAAAGACAGUCCGCCUUUUGUCGUGUGUCUACUUGCGUGUUGCACGUGGUUUGUUGUCAAGAGUGCCAUGCUGCCUGGCAACUGUCCACCGUCAAAACCCUUCCCACCUUGUCUUCUCACCUCAGGAUUUCUGGACGUUUCUGAAAUCAUGAAUGUCAGAUGUCACCUAUGCUAGCUAGCUAUUGUUGCUGGGAGUGGCUUCCCAAGUGCGAGGGCAUCUCCAAGCACAAUUCACACAGCCUGGCACAGUGUUCUGUUUCAAUAAAUUCAUACUUAAGCAAUCAGGGUAAGGUGUACAGGUCAUCAUAGCCACUUAGAAUCUGUGCUUUUUCCGCAUUCCUCCAAGAUUUUGUAAUUUAGAAGUGUCCUAACAGGUUUGCUGUAACACUCAACAUUUGCAUCUGUGUUUCCUCGUCUUACAACUGAGGUUCUGUCCCUUUCUAAAUGUGGUCUCCCUGGGGUGCUAGUUAGGCAGGGUGCAACCACUGCAGGGAUCCUGUACUGUCUUAGUCCUCACGGGUCUCCUCUAGGCCACACCUCCUUCCCCGUGGAAUUCUGGGAAGGGCAGAAGCUUGGUGGAUGCGCCUGCAGUCUUCUCUGACAGCUGCCUUUCAAUAGAAGGCUCCUGGCUUCUUUAGCUUUAAAACACUGUUCUCUGCUGGGCCUGGUGGCAGAGACUCAUCACCCUAGCAGGAGGAUGGAAAGUUCAAGGUCAGUAUGGAUAACUUGGUGAGCCCCUGCCUCAAAGAGAGAGAGUAAUACGGGCUGGGAUUAUAGCUCAGUGGGUGAGGGAUUAGAACAAGACCUUGGGGUCCAUCAAACCAAUGUGAAGCAAAACCCUUUUCUCUUAUGCAUGAGAUAUUUGAUGAAGAUUGGAACACAGCUGAUUUUUUUUAAAGAAAGGAUUUGAAGGUGAAAAUAUUUGUUGAUAUCUUGUAUUUUUAAAA